AUGUCGGGUGAGAGAGAGAAGGCGCUUUUGCGGUUGAUGUGGCAUUUGAUUCCAACAAAAGAGGGUAAGAAGGAGUUUGAUCGCCGGACGCGUGAGUAUGAGCAAGGAGUGGAGAAAUCCGAGGGAUGUUCUCGCUUACUCGUGCUUUAUGCCAGAAUAGGCCUUCAUCGUUACAAUAUGCUCCAGGGAAAAAACUUAGAGCUCAUCAGCGUAAAGAAAUACAACAAGUCCACAUGGUGUGCUCCUUGCCUUUACUACAUAACUUUGGAAGCCAUGGAUCCAGCUACCAAUUCGCCUCUCACUUUUCAGACGAAAGUUCAGGAACUUAGGUAUGGCGAAAUGAAUUUGAAGUGCGAUAUCGCUAGGCCUCUAGGUGAUAUCAAGAGAAGCAGCGAAAGCGAAAACUCAAAGUCAAAGCCAUGUCGCCUGCUGGAGAAGUCAGAGGUACAAGUGAAUAACGACUGGAUUCGUCUCUACUUGGAACUUGCUAUUGCCACGACGAAUAGGAGCCGCGUUAAGAAUCAUGAUCUGUCCGACUUGAAGAUUGUAAAAGUGGCUGUAGAUACAAGUAGACAAGAUGUGGAAGAGGGACUCGAGGACUCGAAGCUUUUUGCAAUUGUCUACAUAAGGUACAAGGACCCGUAG